AUGCCUGCCCAAUAUGAUUCCACAGCCACCCUCUUGGAUGCUACCUGGGUGGCUGUUCUACUAAGCGAACGAGAUGUCGCUGCUCAAAUUCCACUGAACUUUGUGACGAACCCAGCAGUCUCUGUAUCAGCUGCCUGCUUUGGAAACCGCGUCUACGAUCGAACCGCUGCUGCGAAAUGUUUCUCGAACCUCCUAGCCGUCGGAUACCGACGUCUCAUUGUGGAUCUAUAUUGGUCGCCCAGCCGUAGAACCUGGUCUUUUUGCCCGGUAUCUAUUCCAGCAGACCCAGCAGCUGCAGCCAGUGCUCAAGAUUCACACGGGCAUACUCUCUAUUCGCUCGGCCAAUACAAAUGUACAGACGGCCUCGAUCCCUAUACCUUGGCAGAAGUGCUUGUUGGCUAUUUCCGAGACACAAAUUCCCAGUUGACCGUGUACACGGCAUACAUCCUUCUCAAUCUCCAUGUCGCUGCGAGUGACUCUAAACCAGAUGAGCCCGUUCACACCCUCUCAGCAGCUGAAAUGCCAUCGGAAACAGAGCGGGUCGGUUCAAUCAUCGGGACGGCUCUCGGUGACUUCAUCUAUAGCCCGGCUCAGCUUGCCUCAGACCGAAGAAAUCUGAACAAUUCUUGGUAUCGGGUCGAGCCGAGCUAUAUGCCCAUCACGCAGUAUUUCACUGUUCAUGAAGACGAAGCGGGCAUACAGAGCACCCCAGAUGGCUGGCCAUCAUCAAAGUACAUCCAGCUAGCGAAACGUGAUCAUGUACUCAUUGAGUAUGGCUCCGUUGAUCCUCAGCUGGCAAAUUACAAUAUGUCUACUCAAGACAAUCUGGUAUUCCCUCCCGGCCAACUGAGUUCUAAAGUCCCGAUCUCAAUGUCCACCAACGGCACCCUCACCUCGGGCUGUCUGUAUGAGCCUGGGGAUACGCAGGUAUCUCAGACCAACUCAUCAUGGGCAAUGUCAGAUCAUUUGCCUGUUCCUGAGGGCCUUUCUACGGAUGAGACUAUGUCUUCCGUCUCGAAAGUCCUCUCUAACAUCACGGCUUGUGGUCUGUCGCCAAUGCUCAACACCACCCUCUUCGGUCAGACCGCCGACGAGCAAGUCGCAUAUUACCGCAAUAUUUCCCUCUCAAGUUCUUGGGCAUGGGCUAUCGGUGAGCCACACGACGCGCACUACCCUGGCGGCGACGGCGAUCCAAAGUAUGACCGCUGUGCGAUUAUGGACCUUACGCUCGAUGGCCGUUGGCGGUCCACCAAUUGCACUGAACAGCGACACGGUGCCUGUCGAGUCGGUACUUCACCUUUCUCUUGGGUCCUGUCGAAUUCAUCAGCAUAUUUCCGCAACGUGUCGGACACCUGUCCGCCCGGGACGACCUUCGCUGUGCCGCGCACGGGUCUAGAAAACAGUUAUCUCUACAAACACCUUCUCUCUUUACCGAAAAGCCAGGUCGACCCCAGCUCCUCGGACCCCGUCCUUCGAGAGGUCUAUAUAAAUUUCAACUCCCUCGAUGUUACUUCCUGCUGGGUGUCGACUGGCUAUGGGUCGAGAUGUCCUUAUGCCUCCGACCCACAACAACUCGAACGCAAAACUGUGCUGGUUUCUGCGAUUGCGGGUAUCAUCAUCCUCCUCAUCGCUGCCUUGACUUUGUUUGUCAAAUGCAAUGCCAAUCGCCGCAGUUCCCGGCGCAGAAAGCGUGCGAUUGAUGGAUGGGAGUACGAAGGCGUUCCCUCAUGA